GUUCAGUAGGUUACUUGGACAAUGUCAAUGACCAGAAUGAGAACCGUCAUUUUGACAACGGAGACACCCAUAGUCAUCGCUUUCGACCUCAACCUCACCCUCAUCCAUACCUCAAUUAUCCGCAUGAUUCACAAUAUGGAUUUUAUUCAUCGUCGUCAUCCGAUUACUCAUCCACUACUCCCACACCUAUUCCAAUGGCCUCUUACUCUACGUCUUAUCCCCACCAUCAACAUUCCACGUCUUACGCCGGCCCGCCACCGCCAAUUGUCCCGUCAACUUCACCUUCUAUAUCAUCGUCUUCCCCUUCGCAGUCUCCGGUUCAAGACUUCCGCGAACCAGAAUACGAGUCGUUCAGUAGCACCGGAGGAAACUUUCCCUAUCUCACAUCACAAAUGUCUCUCGGAUCAGCAAGCGCUAGCGCUCCGUACCUCCCACUGUCGUCACUAAACUCCUUGAACACCGACACCCUCUCGGGUCCUGGACGUCGACCUACGCCCACCAGACUAUCUUCAAGGACUUCGCACCCACGCCUGAACGACCUGAAUGCAUAUCCAUCUUCUAAUGGAGCCAUGCAAGGAAUGCGUCACGGCGGUGGGCGAUCCCCUAAUCCACGAAGUCCAUUUCGUCCGUCGCCUUUGUCUGGACCGGCAUCUGCGACGAGUCCAGGAAGUUAUUUCCCGCUUGUACCUAGUAACGGGGGUGAUAUUUCUCAGCUUCAUAAUAUGGGUAUGGAACAGCAGCAUCGGCAACAACAAGCACAGCGACAGCAACUUCGAUCACCUUCGUCUCAGUCCCAAUCUUCGACGUCGUUACCAGGUACGCCGUUCGACGAGGGUGUCCCUGAUGGCUAUUUGACCGCCACGAAUGGGAAUGGAUACUUUUCGCAUCAACAGCAGCGCCAACGUGUGCCUAGUGUGCCUAGUAUGGGACAUGGCGCGAUGCAAAACGGAUACGCUUCGUUUAGUGCGGAAGGUAGUGUAGGAUACUUUGGUAUAUAGGUGCCAGACUUUGAUAUCACUCGUUUGCUUUCCUUUCUUAUUCUACCUCUGCGUCUUGUCGGGUGAAUUUUUUCUUCUUUCCUUUUUCAGGUUACUGAACCAUUUCUUUAUUCAUUCUUUAUAUCCCCUUGAUUGUUGGGCUGGGAUCCGGACUUUCUGUUCC